AUGGUGUUGAACACGUCGUAUACGUUCCGGCGGCCGUUGCAGCAGAUGGGGCAGUUGGUUAGGGCCGAGACGCAGAUGGUGUUGUUGACGGCGACGUUGCCGCCCAGCCAGGAGGACGAGUGGUUCCGGCGAAUGCAUUUCCAGCGGAGCGAAGGGAAGAUAUUCCGCGAGCGGACGAGCAGGACGAACAUUCGAUACCGAGUGGCGCGGGUGACGGAGCGAGAGUCGAUGGCGUUUGUCCAGAGCAAGGUCGGCCAGGUUCGGGUGGGCAAGGUGGUGGUGCAUUGCAACCGCGUGAACAAGGUCAAGAAGAUGGCAGAGGCGUUGGGAUGCCACGGAUACCACCACCACGCGAUUGGCAAGGCGGGCAUGUUGCGAGAUUUCAGCAGCGGGACGCAGAGGGUGAUUGUGGCAACGAGUGCAUUGGGGAUGGGGGUGGAUAUUCCGGACAUUCGAUUGAUCAUCCAUGCCGAUCCACCGCGGACAUUGUUGGAAUAUGCGCAGGAGAGUGGACGAGCCGGACGAGACAGGCGGAAGAGUGAGGCGGUGGUGAUGGUA